AUGGAUGUCUGGCAAGUGACCCGUGACCACGUCGAUGUGUAUUUUCCCACUUCUACGACACCUAUUCCCUCUUUUCUGUCGCCUUUUGUUCUCUCAGAGACAAAUAUAUCGCAUGUUUCAUUUUCACAGACUCAUGCAACCUCCCCUGGCUCUAAAAGCACAAAUUGGGGUCUUCAUUCCCUCGAAAAUUCUUCGUAUCAUGACGAUUACCACUUGGUAGAUGAAAUCGAUGAUUUCUUAUACAACAUCACUAUCACAUACCCCGACCUUGCUACACUCAUCCCUGUCGGUCAUACAUUUGAACAGCGUGAGAUGUAUGCGCUCAAACUUUCACGAUUCAAACCAAGUAAUUGUGAUGCGUGUGAAGAAGACUCGAAUAAUGCCUCGGAAUUCUGUCAGUGUGGCAAGCAGUCCUCAAAGCCGGGAAUCUUCAUUAUUGGUGCACAGCAUGGUCGAGAAUGGAUAGCUACGGCAACUUCAUUGUAUCUUGCUCACGCUCUAGUUGCGAAUUACUCUGAACCGCGGUCCAUUUCUCACCUCCUCGAUACCUACGAUUUUUAUAUCAUCCCCUCCCCUAAUCCUGAUGGUUACCAUUUUACGUGGCAUGGGGACCGAUUUUGGUACAAAAAUCGUAUGGCGAAUGCCCCUGGCUCGAACUGUGUAGGUGUAGACAUGAACCGUAACUGGGGUUAUAAAUGGCGGCCAUUUGCGGUCAGCCAAUCAAUCACAAAAAAGAAGAAACAUAUUGAUCCAUGUUCCCAUUGGUAUCCUGGCAGUCGUCCCUUUGAAGCACCAGAAGUGAACAACAUUGCCAACUUCGUCACCACAUUGCCUAAUUUGCAUGCAUUCAUUGACUUACGGAGUUAUGGUCAAAUGUUAUCAACUCCCUUCUCAUAUUCAUGCAAAAAGUGGCCUAAAGAUGCAGAAGACCAGCUUGAGGCUGCUGUGGGAGCUACCCAUGCAUUAAGAAAGCUAUAUGGGACGACGUUUCAAACUGGGCCCCUCUGUGGCACAUUGUACCGUGCUCACGGUAAUAUCGUGGACUGGAUGUACCGUAAAGUUGACGUAAAAUACUCGUUCGCAGUUCAUCUCAGAGAUACAGGCACUUACGGCUUUGACCUACCUUCCAAGUGGAUCAGGCCAGUUGGUGAAGAAACAGCAGAUAUGCUUUCAUAUCUAGCUGCAUUUAUAGCGAAGAAUGAACGUGAGUGUUCCUUGUUUGUUUUAUUUGACUUCGUGUUCAGUGUUUCAUUUGUAUAG